AUGUCCGUUGAGAAGUUGACCAUCGUCACCAUCUCACACGACCAAGGCUUUAGCAACACAGAGGAAGCCGACCGCGGAACGUAUAAUUCGUCGUUUACCUGGUUCGAAGUGGUAGUGAUCUCGGAAUCUAACCACGAGCGAUCGCCUGCCAAGGAUGUGCAAAGAAAUGUUCACGCAUCGCGAGAAAGGAAGCGCCAUGAAAAUGUGUACGACGUCCGCGACGACGACGACACCCGACGCUGGCUCUCUACUAUCCAUGGAGGUGACACCAUUCAGCUGGUCAUGCGUGCGGAAUUCCCGGCCUGGGUCAACUACUGCUACGAGGCAGAGAUAAAAUUAGUCGGUACCGCCGUUGACAGCGAUACUAUCCGUCCUUCAUUCGAGGCCUCGGUUACCAGCAAGAGGCCGAACAUUUAUACGGCGUUGAAUCAGUCUUCCCGAGACAUCCGAGUUCUCGCAAUCAGUCCCGCUUCCUUUAACGAACCUAUACACUGUUCUCUCAAGAUAGUGUCACUGGACGAUGACAAAAUCCAAAGCUACGAUGCGCUUUCUUAUUGUUGGGGCAACUUGCCAGCAGACAAUUUUAUCGAACUUGAUGUCGAAUCACUCUCAGGGGAAGGCGGGGAAGCACAUCAACUGGCUCUAUCCACAACCUUGUUCGAAGCAUUGCGACAUCUUCGACCCCAUACAGGGUACCCUAAGCUACUAUGGGUCGACUUUAUCUGUAUAAACCAAAGCGACCUUGCAGAGAGAGCUGCUCAGGUGGGCAUCAUGCCCAAGAUCUACUCCCGAGCGGAGAAGGUCCAUGUCUGGCUCGGAUCAAGCGACGUAGUAACUCAACGAGUCAUGAAAGACGUCAUGGACGUCGCCUCUCGAUACGACGACGGUAGCAUUGAAGCUGACGAAGGUCAAACAGAGAAAAUCAAGCAAAGACAUGGGCCGGUAUUCCCAGGACAUCUUGAAGAUAGGAUGCUGACCUUUGUGUCCGACUGGCGGAGCUGUGACUUUGCCUGGUUCAGGCGUACCUGGGUUCUUCAAGAAGUUGCCAAUUCGAAGUCGGCAGUGGUUCACUGCGGACGCGAUGUGGUGCCCUGGUCCGUCAUCUUGAGACUGGCAGAUUGCUUCAUCAAGGCCAAGCGGAUCACAAGCCUCUUCAGGUACUCCAUUAUGCCUCCUAUCUUCACAUCGCUCUUUCGGUUGGAAAACAACGUUGUAGUAGACGCACCUCGGAUAUCUGACCGCGGAAUCCUCGAAAUCCUUGUUGCCGGCCAUGACCUUGAGGCCAGCGAUCCGAAGGACAAGAUCUUUGCUCUGUUACAGUUCGGCAGGGAAACCUCUGAGCUAGAGCGAUUGCCAUCUCUCAUCCGACCAGACUACACAAAGUCCGUAGCGCGUGUAUUUGCCGACUUCACGAGAUGGUGGAUCAUGUCGCAUAAUUCUUUGAGAGUCCUAUCUGCGGUACAUACGAAUAAGGAUCGAGCGUGGCAACAGAUGAGCUCUGGCCUGCCAGUAGACCUUGAUUCUUUAAACCGGCCGACGUGGUGCUUCUGGCAUGGCGGCGCCUCUAGCUGGGCAAAGGCAACUCUGGCGCUCUCAGAAACAACGCCGUACCGAUCAUCGGGCGAUUCGGUCCCAGAUAUGGCACUGUUGGCAGAAGAUGUUGAUGAACCGAUGCAUUUACGCCUACGAGGAAAGAACAUCAACAAACGAGAUGGAGAAGGCUUUCUUCCGGAUCUUCGACCCAACAGGCCUGCAGAAGACAUGGAUUUGGAACAGGGAGGAGCAGACCAUUCCGCCACCGAGCAAUGUCUUUGA